UGAAAAAGAUAUUGGAUAUUGGAUUAGAUUAUUCUGGCGUCCGGAUUUCCUAGCGUAAAACAAUAUAUAAAGACCAGAACGUUCUCUUCAAGGGAGUUACAUCAGACAUCCUGCCAAACUUUUAAGACGACCUACUUUUCAACAAGGCCCAAAACAGUCUAUCUAAGUGGCAUACAUUUUCCAUACAAUAGAACCUUUUGGAAGUCAAAUUGGAUAUUGUUAAAGAUAGAAUGACCGCUCGAAAAUAACGCUACAAAAUAUGCUCAGUCAAGGUUACCAGAUUUUAGCUGAAUUGACCAUUCUGAAGUUAAAAAACCUUUCUGGAGUUAUUGUUAGUCCCUGUGAAACUGAUCCGCUCAAAUGGCUUGGGAUUAUUUCUGUUCGAAGUGGUUACUAUUUUGGAGGAGUUUUCGACUUCGUCUUAUUGCUACCAGACGACUUUCCAUCGACGAAAGUGCCGAAGAUCUAUUUAUCUAAAGAAUUUUAUCAUCCUCACGUAGACUGGAUUACCGGAGAAGUAAACACGUACAUGGAAUUUCCUGUAUGGAAUCCAGACAAGCACCAUAUCUGGCAUAUUCUUCAUCAUUUUAAACGAAUGUUAACUAGCCCAACAAGUAUCAUGGUUUCAGCACUUGCUGAACAAACUGCUUGUUUUAAAAACAUGAGAGAUAUUAAGUAUGCUAAUCCAGAAGCAGCUAAUGCAUUGAUUCAUCAUCCAGAAGAAUUCGAUAACCAAGCUAAAGCUUGCGUUUCUAAACUCUCUGUGUGGAUGCAAUCUUCACAGGAUAUCCCUUCAUUGAAUCUUUCUGGAUGGACAAGUGACAGUUUAUUGAAUGAUGCACGAAAUUUACUACAGAAUUACAAAGAUUCCAAGGAUAAUGAUGAUGAUGAUGAAGAGAAAAUUGUCAGUCAAGGCUUUUCAUGGAUUGAUCCAAAAAAUAUGUCGAUAUUUUCUAAUGAUACAUGUGUCAAAUCAAAUUCUCCCUGUACUUUUAAAUAGCUAAUCAAUGCUUUUUUUUAACAUUACACACAAAUUUACUUCUUAUUUUUAUUUUUUGUACAUAAUAACCGAUACAGACUGAGAAUUAUUAUUAGAUCGGUUUUUCUUUGUACCAACCAACAUCAAACAUUGGUAUGCUAAUCUGUCCUAUAUUUUUUUUAUGUUUAUUGUAUUACAUUACUCAUUAUUUGAAUUAUUAAUAUGUUGAUUUUUUUUAAUUUUGCAUUUUAUUUUAUUUUAUUGUCAUUUAAGAGGUUGACUUUAAAUCUUAAAGUUAUGAAUUCAAGGCGUUGUCCUUUAAUAUCAUGCACUUCUAUAGACUGUUAGUUAAAUAAAGUAUCUUCUAUUUCA